AUGGGAAAGGAAGCCAUGCCUGGUUUUGUGCUACUGUUCUUGUUGUUGUUGUUAAGAGUAUUGAUACACUCAGACGCUGACGAAGAAGGAUUCGACGUUCGCCAACAUCUCUCAACUGUCUCUAGAUAUGAUGUUGUGAAAGACAUUUCUGACAAUUCUUUUGUUCCUUCCAAGAUUCCAGAUCAAUGUACUCCUAUCCAUUUAAAUCUUGUGGUAAUCCUCACUUACAACCUCAGAACUGAUAUUGGGAAUGGCUAGUAUUUAGAGUGUGUGCAUAGGUUAGAGAAUUGAACACUAUUAAUUGUUGAAGUAUAUAUAUUUAAGUUACACCCUCUCCAAUAGGUUAAGCAUUUGGAGUAGAUGGUUGUUUAACAUUAACAAGUGCCACAGCCUUAAAUUC